GGGGGGGGAAGGAAAGGGAAACAACAUACACAUAUACCAACUUCUUCUUUCCAUCUUUUUACAGCUGAAGUAUGUAUCAAGGAGAAUAGCGGAGAAGACAAAUUAUGCAAUCGUUUAGAUUGCAUGAAACACCUAUGGACAAAGGCAGAUCCGUCAGCAGCAAACGCAGGAAGCAACAACGACACAUUCUGGACUAAGGAUGUACAGGAUCUGUGGAAGGAAGUGUCAGAAGAAAUGGAAAAGAAAGGGAAAGAAGAAGGAUACGGAGCUGAUUGUGAAACAUUGCAAAAUCCAUCUGACAAGACGGCAUGCAAGUAUUUGCAUGCCGGCUUAGAAGCACUUUACAAGGCGCCCGACGCGUCGGCGCCGCAGGCGCCGCCGGCAGGCGGCGCCGCCGACCUCUUAAAGAACAACCCAUCGUUUAGACAAACGAUGGGUUGUUUUUUACUUCAUGCUUAUGCAAAACACAUGAAAGAAAAAGCAACUUGUCUUAUUGAUCAAGGAAUACAGAAGGCAUUCGCACUUGGGGAGAAUCUGAGUAAGAGUGGUACUAAUUGUAGUAGCGGAAAAUGUAUUCCAUGCCAAUGGCAGAAAGAAGACAGUAAAUGGGAAUGUUGCCUUGAGAGCAUUACCAUAGACAGCACAAAUGGCGAAAUGAAAAGUGCAAAGGACAAAGUAAACGCUGUUCUGAAGGACGACAAGACAAAUAUGGAUGCAAUGGCGAAGCAAAUAAAUACUGUAACAGACUUAUGUGACCAAUUCAAAUGUGUAGCUAAUAGGUGGUUAAAAGAGAAGAAGGCGAGGUCAACUGAUUUGGAUAGGGUGCGGAGUACAGUCACAAGUCAAAUCACCGACCUGAGCAAGGCCCUGAAGGACGCCACUUCUGAGAAGAACAGAAAAAACUAUGAGCAGUACUGCAGCAAUAUCAUGGGGCAGAAUGGAAAGGCUGCUGAUAAGGAUGCUUGCAUCCUCAUAGCAGCAGGAUUACAAAAUCUCUACAAAAAUGCCGAGGACGACGUUGACAAAUCAUUAGGAAGAGCGAUGAAAUGUGUUCUAUUAAAUGCAGUAGCAGAUAAAAUGGAGAAGGAACUUCCAUGUAAAGAGGAAAGGAGUGUAGUUAAUGGAAUAAAUAAGGCAUUUGAGAAUAGUGAGGCCAUUAAGAAUAGAAGUGGUGGCUGCCAUAAUAAUGAUAAGUGUUUUAAAUGUGAGAGGUUUACGAACUAUGAAGGUUGCAAAAUUAAAACAAAUGACAACGGCGAACUGCAAUUGAAGAACGAAAUUGACUUAAGGUUGAAGGAAGAUAAUCUUGCUAAUAAUAGUUCCUUAUUGAAGUCUUCUCUUAUCAAGACCAUAU